UUCUUUCUUUAGACAUUCAGGUUAUAUUUGGACUUAAGUCAUAAAAACGCUGAGAGCCAAAAAAUUAUAUCAUUUGUUUUUUGAAAAGAAAUGUGAUGGACCUAAUUCAAAAUCCUCACCAACAGAUUUCCUAGGAGAAUAUUGUUUUUGGAACUAUAUUCUUUGGCAUAUUUGUUAGCUGACAUUAGCCCUGAUCAAGGUGAAAAAGAAUGUAGUGGUCAUUCGUCUUCACAGACUGAGGAAAUGCAUAAACCAGACCUGGGGAGAAGAGCCUGAGAAGGGAAACCACAUUGGCUGGGGUGCCAGUAACUCAUUUUUGUUUUAGUGACGAUUCUUCAUCUUCUACUAGUUAAAGAGGGUACGGUCAAGAGUUUUCACAUGCUAUAUAAUAAUUCACAUCACACUGCCCUUAGGGACUUCCUCUUUUGGAAUAGCUCCACCAGCCUCAUGUAUCUGAUGCUAUGGACUCAUGGCUUUCUAACAGCUGAGAAUGAUCUGCUUUUCAGAUAAUACCAUUCAGUCGAUUUUCUGUUGCUGCUGCUGCUGUUCAGUGCAGAAACGACAAGUAAGAACACAAAUAAGCCUGAGCAAAGAUGAAGAACUUUCUGAAAAAUACCCUCAGCAUCCUAGGCCAUGGUUCAGCGAGUUGCCAAGUAAGAAGCAACACAACAGGAGCUGGGGGCAGCCAUCAAAACGCAAGCCACUGCCUCCCCUCCCACCCUCUGAGGUUGCUGAAGAGAAGAUCCGAGUCAAGGCACUUUAUGACUUUCUGCCCAGAGAACCCUGUAACUUAAUGUUAAAGAGAGCAGAAGAAUAUCUGAUAUUGGAGAAGUAUAAUCCUCACUGGUGGAAGGCAAGGGACCGUUUGGGGAAUGAAGGCUUAAUCCCAAGCAACUACGUGACUGAAAACAAACCAACCAAUUUAGAAAUAUAUGAAUGGUACCAUAGAAACAUUACCAGAAAUCAGGCAGAACGUCUAUUGAAACAAGAGUCUAAAGAAGGUGCAUUUAUUGUCAGAGAUUCAAGACAUUUAGGACUCUAUACAAUUUCCGUGUUUGUAAGAGCUAGAAGAAGUAUCCAGGCUACCAUCAAACAUUAUCAGAUCAAAAGUAACGAGUCAGGACAGUACUACGUGGCUGAAAGACACCUCUUUCAAUCAAUCCCUGAACUGAUCCUGUAUCACCAGCACAAUGCUGCGGGCCUCAUGACCCGUCUCCGCUAUCCAGUUGGGCUGAUGGGGAGUUGUUUGCCAGCCACAGCUGGUUUUAGCUAUGAAAAAUGGGAGAUAGAUCCGUCUGAGCUGUCUUUUGUGAAGGAGAUCGGAAACGGCCAGUUUGGGGUGGUCCAUUUAGGUGAAUGGCGAGCACAUUUCCAGGUAGCUAUCAAGGCCAUCAACGAGGGCUCCAUGUCCGAAGAGGAUUUCAUUGAAGAGGCUAAAGUGAUGACGAAACUAUCUCAUUCAAAGCUGGUUCAGCUUUAUGGAGUAUGUAUACAGCGGAAGCCCCUUUAUAUUGUGACCGAGUUCAUGGAAAAUGGCAGCCUGCUUAACUACCUCAGGGAGAGGAAAGGAAAGCUUAGAAAGGAAAUGCUACUGAGUAUGUGCCAGGAUAUAUGUGAAGGAAUGGAAUAUCUGGAGAAAAACUGCUUUAUUCAUAGGGAUUUAGCAGCAAGAAAUUGUUUGGUCAGUUCUACAUGUCUAGUAAAAAUUUCAGACUUUGGAAUGACGAGGUAUGUUUUGGACGAUGAAUACAUCAGUUCUUCUGGAGCCAAGUUCCCAGUCAAGUGGUCCCCUCCCGAAGUUUUUCACUUCAACAAAUACAGCAGCAAAUCUGAUGUCUGGUCAUUCGGAGUUUUGAUGUGGGAAGUUUUUACAGAAGGCAAAAUGCCUUUUGAAAAUAAAUCCAAUUUACAAGUUGUGGAAGCCAUUUCUAAAGGCUUCAGGUUGUAUCGUCCUCGCCUGGCACCAAUGUCCGUGUAUGAAGUCAUGUACAGUUGCUGGCAUGAGGAACCGAAAGGCCGCCCUACAUUUGCUGAGCUGCUGCAGGUCCUCACUGAGAUUGCAGAAAACGGGUGACCUGAAAUGGAGUGCCAACACAGAGGGUCAUCUUGCAGAAGUGUCACAAAAGGAAAUCCCAUAGGGGGUCACUGAUGGGGACUAGCUUGCUUUAGAGUUGUUGACUCUUGGCUCCAGUACAAAGAUUACAGGCUUUCAAUUUAUAUAUUUUUUUAAUUUAAGAAUACUCUGACAAUAGUUUUUCUGUGCAUGUGUUUGAGAGAGACUUCUAAACUAUUACUUUUUUUGUAAAAUCCUUCAUGUCUCACACAUGAAGAAGGGAAAUACUCCACAGCACCUUCACAAUAGCUGUUCUUCAUGAUAAUUGCCCUGAGACCCCUGAAAAAUACAUGGAAACCUCAUCCUUUACAGGGGAGGAAAUUUCUUUCCUGAAGAAGAGUGAUAUUCUUACCUCAGUGAUUCAUGUAUAGAAGAUGAAAACAAAGACUGCCAACUCAUGGAAUAAAGGAAACUUUACCGCAGAAUUUAAUGCUUUUGAGCUGUACAGAUUUUUAUAGAAAAUGUACGUUUACAAACCAUAUGGACAUGAGCAUUCUGGAACUAUCUUUUAUAAUCUUUCCAUGUGUUACUUGACAGAUACUUUUGUUUUUCACAUAUCUGCUUAUUUGGAAACAAUUUCUUGUCUUACAAUUCUAAACACUCUUAUAAGAGAUAACCAAACUUCCCUUUGGACAGAUCCUGGUGACAUAUCUAUUUCCAGUGAUUCCCAUUGUUAGGGGCAGCUAAGAAACUGAAUUUCAAUUCUGAGACUUCAUGCUUUGUAUAUGUGAGACUGGACAAUUUUAAGAAGCCUAUUUUGUCAUAGAAAGUACCUCCUGCACCUUUAUGGAAGAUGACUUUUUUCUUUCCACAAGAGGAAGCAAAACCAAGAUGUCCAAAUGCUAUAUGUGUUACACCAGACUCCACUAUUUCUGAAGUCAAGGGUUUUCAAUUCAAGAUGAAGCAACCAGCAACGAUGAUUCAAUCUUAAAUUCUCAUGCUCAGUUUGUAUAAAUGAUUGGAAAGUGAUCUUUAUCAUGCUGAGUGCUUCAGAAAUACUAUAGGAAGAAAGGUUCUGCGGAAAGCACAAGUGUAAUUACCAUGAGGUUUAAAAACAGAAGCCUAUUAUUUUUAUGCUUCCCCACCUUGCAAUCUGUUUGGAGAACAUGUUUUAUUAUUUUCAUUAGACUAUAAGUUAAAAGCUGUGACUUCUAAAUCAUAUUUCCCCACUCCAAAAAUGAUACCUUUGAAUGUUAAUGGUAUUCAAUAAACGUGCAAUAAAAAAA